CUCUUGUGAACAGAGAGGAUACAGCAGUCAGAUCCAAGAAGCUUACUUUCUCAUACAGUAUCAAGCCUGAAGAGGCUUAUCAUCCUGUGGAGAGAAUGUGGCCUAAAAGCAUCUCCAUGACAGAAGAUGUUUAACGAUGAAGACUGCACUGGCUGCGUUGGCUUUCUGCCUCCUCUACCUGCCUGUGGCCAAGGCGGACUGCGAUUCCUGUAACAAGAACAUCAAAGACCUGGAAGCCAGAGUGACAAACGCUGAAGAACAGUGAAGCAAGAGAUUCCAGUGUGGCUGAGGUGCAGCAGCUGGAUGACCAAGCAGAACAGGUCCCAAGCAUGGAGAUUCCUAAUGUCGAGCGAACAUGUCCCUGUGCUGGUGACGUAACAGGGAGCCAGAUAAACUUAAGAGACCUGGAGGCCAAACUGAAGAACACUGAAAAACAAUUAGAGGAUCUGACGAGAGAGGUCCGAGGUAACAGUGUGGCAUUUGGAGCAUCUAUCGGCAAUGCUGGAAAUAUAGGACCUUAUAAUGUUGAGAUCACACUGACCUACAAGAAUGUGUAUUCAAACACAGGCGCAUACAAUCCUGCGACAGGUAUUUUCACUGCUCCAGUCAAAGGAGUCUAUUACUUCAGCUUCUCUGGCCAUAAUAUAUCAUCUAGACCAAUGGGGCUGCGCCUGAUGAAGAAUGGAGUGCAGAUGGUUACUGUGUACAACCAUCCAGCUGGAAACCGCCAUGAGACCGCAACCAAUGGCAUGACUCUACAGCUUGAAGUGGGAGACCAGGUGUACAUGAGACUGCGGCCUGACACCUGGAUUGUUGAUAAUGGUAAUAACCACAGCACCUUCAUUGGUCAUUUGUUAUUCCCUCUGUAAGGGAAAGAGGAGAGUAUGUUGCUUUUUAACUUGAUGAACGUGAGUCUAAAUAUCCCUUUUGUUUUAACUCUGCAAUGGCCUGCAACAGUUCCAGAGAAAGAUAUCUGGCUCUUUAGCAGCUAGAUGCUCUUGACUGUGUUCACCAACCACUCUGUUAUCUUCUCUGUUAGCUGAUUGGUGCUAAGCAGAUGGUGUAGAGUGGCUUUAUCAGAGCUUUAUUGUUAGAAAAUGGUCUCCUAUACUGUAAGUGUUGAUAAUAGCAGCUCAGGAAAUUUAAAUCACUGUAAAUAUAAAAAAGA